AUGAACGCUUCUUUUCUUGCCAGCCGGACUUUAAAAAAUUUUCACUUGCGUCUACCACGCACCACACAAUUAUCGAAAUUGAGCACCUCUUCUCAAAUCCGCAAGAUGAGCUCUUCUUCUGCUGCCGGUUCUUCUCCUAAACCGUUGGAUGCUUCCAAUAUUAUUUUCAAAAAGGCUGAACAGCUCAAGCCUUUGCCCGACUGGAAAACAUUGAAGUUCGGCAAGGAAUUUACUGACCAUAUGAUGAUCAUGAAGUGGAACAAACAAACUGGAUGGGGUACUCCUGAAAUUGUUCCUAUGCAGGAUCUUAGCUUCCAUCCCGCUACCUCUGUCUUCCAUUAUGGUUUCGAAUGCUUCGAGGGCAUGAAGGCUUACAAGGACGAGAAGGGUGUCGCCCGACUUUUCCGUCCCAACAAGAACGCUGAGCGUAUGUUGUCUACUGGUACUAGAAUCUCUCUUCCCGCUUUCGAUCCCAACGAGUUGAGCGAGGCUAUUCGUAAAUUCGUUGCUACCGAGAGUCGCUGGGUCCCUAACGAACGCGGCUUCUCACUUUACCUUCGUCCCACCUUUAUUGGUACCGACGCUGCCCUUGGCGUUCACGACUGCGAAAACGCUAUGCUCUAUGUCAUUGCUUCUCCCGUCGGUCCUUACUACAGUUCCGGCUUUAAGGCCAUCCGUCUUUGCUGCUCUGAAGGCGCUGUUCGCGCUUGGCCCGGUGGUACUGGUCAGUACAAGCUUGGCGGUAACUAUGCUCCUAGCGUUUUGCCUGCUGCUGAAGCUGCCAGGAAGGGUUUCGCUCAAAUCCUCUGGUUAUACGGUGAGGAGGACUAUGUCACUGAAGUCGGUACUAUGAACUGCUUCACCGUCUGGAUCAACAAGAAUGGUGAAAAGGAACUUAUUACCGCUCCUCUUGACGGUAUGAUUUUGCCUGGUGUCACCCGUGAUUCCAUUUUGGAAAUUGCCCGUGAGCGCCUUGUUCCCCAAGGCUGGAAGGUCACUGAAGGCAAGUAUUCCAUGAAGGAGGUUGCUGAAGCUUCUAAGGAGGGUCGUCUUUUGGAAGUCUUUGGUGCUGGUACCGCUGCUUUGGUUUCUCCUGUCAAGGCCAUCAACUACAAGGGUACCGAAAUAAAUGUGCCUUUGCCUGAAGGUCAAGAAGCCGGCCCCAUCACAACCCAAGUCAGCAACUGGAUCCUUGACAUCCAAUAUGGCAAGGUCCCUAAUCACCCUUGGAGUAUUCCUGCCACCAACUAA